AUGGCAUCUUUGACAUCCCAUUCAACAUGUCAUUCAACAUAUUCAACAUCCCAUUCAACAUCCCAUUCAACAUAUCAUAAUAUUAUUCAAUAUGCUAUUCAACAUAUCAUAAUAUCAUUCAUUCAAUAUGCCAUUCAACGUGUCGUUCAAUCAACAGCAUUCACAUAUUUGGUCGAAUGGCAGCUGAAUGAUGCCAUUCGACAUGUCGAAUUUGAAAAAUUAAUCAUUCGAAGAGGUAGUGUUCUAAAAGUAGAUAACAACCAAUCAGAAGGUUUUUCAAUUUAA